UGGAUGAGAGGAAGCAUUUAGGGACUGAAGAGGAUUAGAGGAUUAUUAACCCAGCUGUCUUCCACCACUGCGUCUAUCGCUGUGUCCAUCACCUCUACAUAUGCCUCGUCUCAGCAUCAUUUUCACAUUCAGGGGCCAUACACAAGUUUAGGAUCCAGGAUGGAAACGUCGGAGCGCUUUACCAGCAGAAAAGUUGCAUCAAAGUGGACCGUCAGGCUUGAUGAAGAGCGUGGGAGACGUGAAAAACCGGGCUUCAGUGAGGUGUCCACUCCUUCCUUAUUCCUCUGAACAGACUUCUUUCUUCAGCGGUCCGGAGAACUAUGAAUAUCCUUUCCCGUUUCCUUCUCCUCAUUCUCGCCCUCCACUCCCCUUGGCCCCUGGCCUCCUUCGUGGACGGAUCGGGAGUGUGCCCACACCCAUGUGUUUGCUAUGAGCACGCCGACCUGGUGGACUGUCACGAUCGCAGGUUUGAGCACGUUCCCCGGGGCCUCCCUCAUAGCACCUGGCUGCUGAAGCUCGGCGGGAACAACCUGAGCGUUAUCGGCACCCAAGCCUUCGCUGGACUGUGGUCCCUGCGGGUGCUGGUGCUGACCAGCAGCAACAUUCAGCAAAUUCAGCCUCAGGCAUUUUUCUCAUUGUCCUUCCUGGAGAAGCUGGACCUCAGUUGGAACCAGUUGACAACUCUCCCCGUGGACUUCUCAAGCAGUCUGUCUUCUCUGAAAGAGCUGCGGCUGGAGCACAACGACUUAAAUCACGUAUCUGGACACAGUUUGGAGUAUUUGGAUAACAUGGAAAAGCUGGACCUCAGUUAUAACCAGCUGUGGUCUGUUGGCCCCGGCGUGUUCAGGGGCCUGUCAAGGCUCCGGCAGCUCUACCUCCACAACAACAGAGUGACUGUGGUGCAACGAGGCAGCUUCGACAUGCUGCCGGGACUUGAGGUACUUCAGAUGAGCAAUAACAACAUCUCCCAGGUGGACACUGACGCUCUAGCUCCUCUGCACAGCCUGGCGGUUCUCCAUCUGGAAGGAAACAACCUGCAUCAUCUCAAGUUUAAGACCUUCAUUAGCCUUCACACGACUUCAACACACAUACUCCUCUCAGGGAACCCGUGGAGCUGUGACUGUGAGCUGCAUCGUGUCUUCAGUAAGAUCUUACACGUCCGUCAUCUCCACAUUGACGACUACCACAACGUGACGUGCCGGGACCCUCCGCCGCUGGCAGGGGCUUCACUCGCCCAGGUCAACAGCCAGCUCUGCCUCGCAGAGACAGCCACGGUCCUUGUCAUCACCGGCACCGUGCUGGUCACCGUGGUAGCAGCUCUGGUGAUGGCGGAGAGAAACAGGAAGAGGAACGGGGGGAAGAACUGGGACAGCGAGUCACAGAGCCCUCCAUCCUGAGACUGCAGUGACAGUGUCAGGGUUUGACAUUUCCUGUUUUAUUUUGAAGCCCAUGUCUUUGUGUUUAAGUUCUGGUUUGACCUUCCUGUUUCCCAUCGGCCCUGAUUGUCUGCACCUGUGUCUCGAUAACCCUUUAACAAAUAUCAGUAUGGUUUCCUAGAAGGAACAGUAACAGAUAUAGAUUGUAACAAAAACUAAGAUUAAAUAAACUUCAACUUCUAAAAACAAAAAAUAACUAAGGUUGAUAGAGUUCAUACGUUUUUUACUUCUUACUCCUUUUCAAACUAAAAAAAAAGUCUCUCUCUUGCAUUCAUUGUUCAAAUGUUGCCAGCAUGUCUGUAACCUUACACUAUCAUGUUCGAAAUGAAGACUUUUGACAGUCAUAUUACAAUUGUAUUCUUUCCUGUCAAGUUACCAGUUAUAUACACGUCAUACUUCCAAUAAUGAACCCUCAUAUCGAAAAUCUGAAACGGGACACUUCCAGUGCCAAAUAAGCAGCAAAUAUUGGAUUAAAGAUGUAAACUAAACUACAGCUGUGUCAGGGUUUGACACUUCCUGUUUUAUUUUGAAGCCCAUGUCUUUGUGUUUGAGUUCUUGUUGAGUUCCUGUUCCCCAUCGGCCCUGAUUGUCUGCACCUGUGUCUCGUUAACCCUUGUGUAUAUCUGGUCUUGUCUUUCCCCUGCUCCCUGCUGGUCCGUACUGUUUGUUCCCUCCGUGUUUUUCCGAGUCUUCCAAGGUUUUUGUAGUUUUUGGUUCUUGUUUGAGUUCUGGCUUUUUUGUAUUCCUGCUCAGCAGUGCUUUUUGUUAAUAAAUCAUUGUUUUUGAGAACUUCCUCCUGCUCUCCUACAUCUGGGUCCGAACACCAACCGUUUCUUAAAAGACAGGGUGGAGUGGAGACCAGUCAUGUGGAGACCCAACACUGUACUUCUCUUUUCCCCUUUACUCAGUUGGUACUGGUUUGUGUGUUGAUGGUAAUAAUAGUAGGUGCAUCAUGGUAGAAUUAGUUGGAAUGAAACACCCAGGUCAUGUGGUCAAAGUCAGAUUCACCUAAGCAUGAGCCAUGCGGCUGUGCAUCCUGCACAGAUCCUGCUCCAGGGUUUGACCUGGACAGGCUUGAGCAGACCGAUGCUGAGUGGAAAAUCACAUCAAAAAUCACAGAAGGAAACUAAAACGUCCAUAAUUCACAAAAUGUAAUGCAAUGCAGUUCACCAUUCAUCUGAUUUGCUGCCACCAGCUAAACCAAAGAUGCGUCUGUUGUUUCGGUGUGUGGCUUAAUAGGACAACAAGAUAUGCCAAAUGUUAACAAGAUGACCACCUGUCAGGAUUAAAUCGAUUCCCUUUGUGUGAAUGUGUGUUAGGACAAAGAAAGGGCUGAAAUUCAACAGCUGAGAUGAGUUACAGCCAUAGUUUGACAGAACGGGACAUGUAAUUGGGAUCCCAGCACAGUACCACAAGUGAGCACCGCGGCCAUUGGCGCGGCUCUCAAACCUGUUGACUGUGUU